AUGAAGCAACUGGCUGCAGCCGUGACGGAGUGUCAUCGGCAGCGGAUAGUGCACCGAGACAUCAAGCCGGCCAACAUCUUACGCCGCCGGUGCCGAUUCCUGCUAGCAGAUUUUGGGUUGGCCGAAACGCUUACCACCGCCCAACCCCUGCUCACCGAGCCAGCAGGAACCAUGGUAUACUGGGUACCGGAACAGCGAAGACUGGAGCCGUAUGACACGUCCGUCGACCUGUGGGCGUUGGGGUUAGUGGCCGUAGAGGUGGCGACCGGCCUACCGUGCCGUCAGGGUGAGGAGAAACAGCAUUGGGCCUCAUCCCUGGGCGAAAGAUACCGGGCGGAGAUGGAACGGUUGAGAUUCCCCGUCCGAUGGUACAUCGAAGGCUUGCUCCAGGAUAACCCGUCCCACCGGAGACCUGCUGCACAGUGGGAGUGGCCCGGAACAAAUACCGUACUGUUAAUUGAAACCGUAGCCCAGCCAUCCCCACUGAUACCGGUAUCCACACUAAGGCCAGCACCGCUUCCACCAGCUGCUCCGUUAACGCCACCACCCCAACUGUCACCUGUCCCACAGGAACCGCCAGCACCAGGGAAGACACUGGUUUUACCAUCAUGGCUAGCAUCCAAGAUCCAGGCUCAACCGAAUCCCCGUCUGUGGUCACCCAGUUUUCGGGCUGAGGUCAUCGCCCUACUACCAACCACCGUCGAGGGCAGACGCCGGAUCCGACUGAAACUCAGGUUUCCCUCCGGCACUGCCCGCCGUCUCUGGGUGCCAGUAGACUAA